UCUGCCCUCUACUGCGCGGGAAGAGCAAACGCACCUAACCGGCGAGCACUAGACUGUUUGUUGUGCAUUAUUCAUAGAGCAAGUAAAUGGAAAUUGAGGAGAAAAAGUGGUGAAACCGAGCGGGAAGACAGUUGGUUUUAACUAGCCAGGUGUCGGUGGAGUUAAGGUUUUGAACCAUGCAGGAGGCAGUGGAGACCACCGAGACCGCUUUAGCUCUACCCGUGGAAACUGGAGAGUUUGCCGAGCACCAGAUGGGACUCGCCGACAAGAUCCCUUUAGUGAAGCCCUACUUCAAAAAGAAACACUCGCAGAGAAAACUUGACGCAAAGUGCUUACGCGCUUUAGAGGACCCUAUUUUAAGUACGCUAUUAAACUCGGACGCUCUCGUGUCAGGGGACGGCGUGUUUGUUCCACGAAACCAGUCUCGACCUCAACGGAAUAUAUGCACUGUAGCCGUGGAAAAGCAGGCCAGGAUUAGUCAGGUGUGCCUGAAGGAGGAAGAUGAGGAGGGCGCCGUAUCCGCGCUCAUGGCCGUGGACUCGGACGCUGAUGUGACGGUGAGCGUGCUCUCCGUGGAACAGAAGGUGACGGCUAUUCAGCGAGUCACAAUAGACGCUAAUGAGCGACGCUUCCAGCCCCAGGAGCGCGACGUGGCGGCGCCCUCCUCCGACGUUACGGGGUCGAAGUUAAAUGACAUCUACACCGCUGAGACCUUGCAGGGUGCAAAUUGCCUCUCCAUCAAAGAGGGCUCGCUGAAAGCCGAGAUCUUUCAGGAUAAAAGCGAGGAGGCCUCUUUGGAUCUAGUGUUUGAACUUCUGACCCAGCUCCAGUAUCACACGCAUCAAGGGGACGGCGUAUCGAUUUGUGUGGAUUUUCUCCAGGGUGUCUGCGUCUAUGGCAGUGACUGUGCGCAGCAUCACACCGUUUUACCGUACCACUGGCAGAUCCGCAGAACGGACACGCAGAUCUGGCAGAGCAUAUCGGAUGAUUCUCAAGAACAACUGGAAAGGCUUUAUUGCAAUCCGGACAACGAACAUGUCCGGCUUAAGUUUCCGGGUCGAGUGUUUGUAUUGGACUUCACUUCCAUGCGAGUUUGUGACCUGGAGUUUGACCUCGUCAGGCGCCUGUCCACGCCCUCCAGCUCUACAGCCACACCCACUAACACAAGCCCCACCCCCAGCUGUCUGACCGUCUGGAAGUACUACUGCAGAGAUAACUUUGGCUGGAGGGAGUACUCCGAGCCAGUGGUUCGACUGAUUGAAGAGGCAAGCGGUCGCGGUCUGAAAGGUCGUUUCAUCACGCUGCAGAAUCAGUACAUCCUGAACAUUCGCGAGGGCUUCCAGCAAAAUGCUGUGUUCGGCUUCCGCCGACAAAUCAAAAAACGCCCGCUGUUCAGGUCCUCCAUCUUGCUCACACCUUACCUCCAGACUCUCGGUGGCCUUUCCUCAGCAUUUCUAUCCUCCCUGGAAAAUUCUGGAAACCUGCCUCUUUCUCCUGCACCAGUCGCCCCCUCCCGAGUAUACCCAGAGACUUGGUUACACAUGGCCAACAAUCAGGACUUUCUGCAGGUGCCCGUCUCCCGGGACGACCGCAGCUACCGGACCGUCUACGGCCUGUUCCACAAGACCGUAUCCGAGACCAAAUUCCGCAUCCUCAAGAUCCUCCGCGUCCAAAACCCUUUCCUCUGGGAGAAGUACAAAAGGAAGAAGGAUUACAUGUCACGGCACAUGUCCGAGAUGGAUCGCAUGCUGAACGAGCGCCACCUGUUCCACGGCACGUCCCAGGAUGUGGUUGAGGGCAUCUGCAAGCACAACUUCGAUCCACGCGUCUGCGGCAAGCACGCCACUAUGUUUGGCCAGGGCAGCUACUUUGCACGCAAGGCCAUCUAUUCUCACAACUUCUCCAAGCGCUCGCCCCGUGGCGUGCACUACAUGUUCCUGGCCAAAGUCUUGACGGGCAAGUUCACGGUGGGCAACCCUUCCAUGCGCCGACCACCUCCACUGAAUCCACAAAACCCCUCUAGUGAUCUGUUCGACUCCUGCGUGGAUAAUUGGAUGGACCCACAGAUCUUUGUCAUCUUUAAUGACGAUCAGAGUUAUCCGUACUUUAUUAUUCAAUAUGAAGAAGUGGGCAAUACAGUAGCUAUUUGAAGAGUGACGUUUGCGUGGAUACCUGCACGCUAGACCGGCACGGUUAGGAAACGAAAACAGAGCGGUUGUGCUCUGGCUCUGCGAAUGGAACUCGGGACCGUAUGGGAUACAUUCGGCUGUAGAGAGCAUUGGAGCAACAACCAGUUUCCCUCGUUGCUGUGUGUGAGGGUUAAUGUGUGACCAUUUAGUGCCCGUCUUCUCGUCCCCCUGUGAAUACAAAUGGGGAUUGUGUGUAUGUGCGAGCAUGAGUGUGCGUGACGUCUCUCCUCAGUGCUGGACAGUUUAGUGUGUGAACCUCGUGUGUGGACGUGUGUCUCUGAUGCGGCUUCCGUAGCUGACGGUGGAUUUAUAUCCGUGUUACUCAGAAGCCUGUUCAUGGCUUGCCACUCGGACUUGGGGCUGUGUUUGGAGCUUCACAUCGUUUUUUUCCCCAAAAGACUCAACUUACCAACAUUGCUGCCAUUUGCGAUCCAUACUUAAUUUGUGAAAGUUGUAAAUAUGUUCUUCUUGUUUAUAUUUGAACUGUGUGCCUUUUGUUCAUAAAUAAAUUGUUUAUUUAUGUUAGUCAAUGUAACGAUAAGUAAAUAAAACAAUUAAA